AUGGCUGGACCCGUGGGAGAGGUGGAUAAUCUGAAGGUGGAUGCCCCCCCUGGCGAAGAAGCAGACGAUGGCGAAGAGGAUGCCGAGGAGGGAGCGGACACAGCAAGCAGCCUACAAGGCAGGAGCCAGAAGCAGCAGCGGCAAGAAGAAACACAAGAAGAACAAGAAGAAGAAGAAGACAAGACAGCUUCCGCAGCAAGCCAAGCACCGGCACCAUCGCCGACAGGUGAAGCUAAAGGUGACGUCGAGGGAGUAGACGGCGAAGAGGGAGACCCCGACGCGGCUGCCGAUGCGGGGGAGACCGGUGCAGGAGCAGCAAAGAAGAGGAAGAAGAAAAAGAAGAAGAAAGGGAGCGCGGGAGUGUCGACUUGUCCGGGGGGCACCGGGAGCAAGGUCGCGCCCGCGAGGGGUGUGACUGGCUUCACGGACAGCUAUGUCAGGCACGGGCAGACGGAGCCACCGACCAUUCCUGUUGAAGAUCUUUUCGAGGAGGGAUCUUUCCCGGAGGGGGAGAUUUUGGAGCAUCCCCGGGACUUCAACUCAUUCCGGAUAACGAGCGAGGAGAAGCGAGCCGAGGAGCGUCUUCAGUACGCGGGGCUGUAUGACAAGGCGCGCAAGGCGGCCGAGGUGCACAGGCAGGUCAGGCGCCAUGCGCAGAGCUACAUCAAGCCGGGGAUCAAGCUCAUCGACAUGUGCACCACGCUCGAGGAGAAGAACCGGGAGCUGGUCCGAGAGAACGGGCUCGAUGCGGGCAUCGCCUUCCCGACGGGCUGCUCGCUCAACCACGUCGCGGCGCACUACACCCCAAACAACGGCGACGAUACCGUACUCAAGCACGGGGACGUGAUGAAGGUGGACUUCGGCACGCAGGUAGAGGGCCACAUCAUCGACUGUGCUUGGACUGUAAGCUUCGACCCCCAGUUCGACCCUCUCCUUGAGGCCGCCCGGGAAGCCACAAACGCCGGCAUCAGGAACGCUGGCAUCGACGUGCCUCUCAACGAGGUCGGAGCGGCCAUCCAGGAAGUAAUGGAGAGCUACGAGGUAGAGAUCAACGGCACCACCUACCCCGUCAAGAGCAUGCGCAACCUCACUGGCCACAACAUCGGCCCUUACGACAUCCACGCCGGGAAAAGUGUUCCUAUCGUCAAGGGCGGCGACUCCACCCGCAUGGAGGAGGGGGAGUUCUUCGCCAUUGAGACUUUCGGGAGCACCGGGCGCGGUCACGUUGUGGAGGACUUGGAGUGCUCCCACUACAUGAAGGACAUCAACGCACCCCGGGUACCCUUGCGCCUGCCCAAGGCAAGGCAGCUCUUGUCGCACAUCAGUAAGACCUUCGGCACACUCGCUUUUUGCCGGCGCUGGCUGGAGAGGCCUGACGGCGGGUCGGCGACGAUCAACGGUGUUUCUGGAAAGCAGGAAAAGUACGUGGGUGCGCUCAAGCAACUCUGUGACUCGGGGCUUGUGAACGCUUUACCGCCGUUGUGCGACGUUCGGGGCUCGUACGUCGCCCAGUAUGAACACACCAUCCUCAUGCGACCCACAUGCGUGGAGGUGUUGUCUCGCGGCGACGACUUCUAG